UUCUUCCCAUCCCUCUGGGGGAAAGAAGAGAAGGAAAUUUGCUUUUUUUUUUUUGGUAGAAGAGAAGGAAAUUUGCUAUUAAUUCAUACCCCAUAAAUAAUUAAUAUUUCCUUUAUAGUAAACCGGAUUACGGGGGGAAUAAUUAAUGAGGAGGAGGAAAACCAAACGGCAGCUCCGGCAGCAGUUCCUUCCCGUCUAAUAAUCUUCUUCUUCUUCUGUCUCUGUUUUUCCCCCUUCCUUCCCGCCCUUCCCUCCGGUUCCGGCAGAUGCGCAGGCGGCUGCUCGCCGCCCCGCCGCUGCCAUGAAGAAGGAUCACCGGCGGAAUCGCGACGACGUCGUAUGGAGCAGGUUCUUCUGGUGCACGAUCUUCAUCGUCAUCUCUUGCGUCCUCUUCACCGGAUUCAAUUUCUCCUCCUUCCGAUUCCUCUUCUUCCCUCCUCCUGAGAGGCUGCAGCCGGAGAUAGUACCGCGAUGGCGGAUGGACGCCGUGGCUACCGCCGGCGGCCACGGACACGACUCUCCCCGGAAGUUGGACGGGAAGGAGAAGAAGGUGUGGAUUCGGGAGACGGUUAUCCUUCCUGACCAGGUUCUGCUCUUCCUAAACUACCCUCCCUCCUCCGCCGCCACGUCACCACGUUUAUUGACUCGCGACGAUCUCGAUUGCGUCUACAACUUCUCCUCCUCCCCGACGGCGAGGCAAAAGAACGCCUCACGGCCGCCCAACCGAGUCGACGGCGAGAUCGUUCGGUGCCCCCUGCUCGACCGCUCCGCCGCCGUUUCCCUCUCGGUGAAAUCGGCCGACACAUACGCCGGCGGAGAAGUUCUUCUAAACGCGCGCCCAGCUCGCGCGUGGCAUUCCCUGGCGUACGAGGCGCUGAUCGACCGCGACAACACCACGGUGGUCUUCGUGAAGGGGCUCAAUCUACGGCCGGAUAAGCUCUACAACGUGUCGCGAUUCGAGUGCGUGUACGGCUGGGAUUUCACCAGGCCCAAGUUCAUCCUGCGGUCAGAAGUCAUCUCGAUCGCUCAAGAGAUCGCACGGUGCAGAACGCCCCUCAGCCUCCUGACCAAUCCCUUCAAUAGCUCAAUCAAAGUCACCGUCCGGGUCAAAGGCAGGGUAACCCUCCAGUCCGUCGCCCAGCCCCGACCCAACCCUGAACCAGAACCCGGGCCAAAACCGCACCAAUUGUGCAUCUGCACGAUGCUCCGGAAUCAAGCCAAGUUCAUCAGAGAAUGGGUGAUGUAUCACGACGAGAUCGGCAUAUCUCGAUGGUUCAUCUACGACAACAACAGUGAAGACGAGAUCGAAUCAGCAAUCACAUUGUUGACCGGUUCCGGUUACAACAUUUCCCGUCAUGUCUGGCCGUGGGUGAAGACUCAAGAAGCCGGGUUCGCCCACUGCGCGAUACGAGCUCGCCCUUCCUGCGAGUGGGUUGGGUUCAUCGACGUGGACGAGUUCCUCCACCUCCCAUCGGGCCAAUCGCUGCCUGAAUUCCUCACCAACCUAACCGAAGGAACGGGCGGACUCCUACUCCCUUUCCAGGUCGGGGAAGUUCGGGUGGCCUGUCACAGCUUUGGUCCAUCCGGUCUAACCCAACCCCCAACCAAGGGCGUGAUCGCGGGCUACACCUGCCGUUUAUUCGCGCCCGAGAGGCACAAGAGCAUAGUGAGGCCCGAGGCAUUGAACUCGUCGCUGGUGAAUGUCAUCCACCAUUUCCAUCUCCGGGAAGGGUUCGGAUUCGUGGACGCGGAUCGAGUCACGAUGGUGAUCAACCACUACAAGUAUCAGGUUUGGGAAGUGUUCAAGGAGAAGUUCUACAGGCGGGUGGCGACGUACGUGGCGGAUUGGCAGGACGAGCUGAACGUCGGGUCGAAGGAUCGGACACCCGGGUUGGGGACCAGAGCGGUCGAGCCGGAUGAUUGGUCGAGCCGGUUCUGCGAGGUGAAUGAUACCGGGCUGAGGGAUGAGGUGGUCAGUCGAUUUUCGGACCCGUUGACGGGUACUCUGCCGUGGGAGGAUGAAGCUGAGACUAUGCGGCAAGGGUUGUGAAGAGGGAUGGCGAGUUUUGGUGAUUGUUUUUAGCUUUGUUUGGUUCUUUCUAUUUGUAGAUAUAGAAGGGUGCAUACUGCAUAUACAUGUAAUAACCAGAGGGACAGAGGGAAAUCAGGUGAUUUGGCUCGUGUACAGAGGGUUAAUUUAGAACAGAGGUAUUUGAUUAUGAUCCUGAAUUAGUGGUGGUUUUUGGUUGAACCAAUUUUCAGGAAUGCAGAAUCGACAAUUAAAUUUUACCCCGGAUUGAAUUGGUUAAUUUUAUUGAGUUUUGAUUACUACAUUCAAGAUUU